GUCUAGAAAGUUACAGCUCUACCUUGUAUUUUAGCACUUUUCUAAAAAAAAUUGCAGUAUAAGGCUGUUUCAAUAUAUAUAGAAGGGAACUGAAAAGUUUAGUCAGUCUUGGGGCAAGCUUAAGACUGACUGAACAAUUUUGGGGUUUUUUUUAACUCUUUCCCCACUAAAUUCCUUUUCUUGUGUGGAUCUGAUACUCAGAAAAUGGAACAACGCUUUUUUGCUUUGUGUUUGGUCUUUUCCUUACUGACAGGAUUAGCAGAAACAGCUAUCCCUGAGAAUGGCAUUGAGAUCUACAGCAUGCAUGUGGACUGCAAAGUUACAUCAAGGUUUGCUCACACCGUCAUCACCAGCAAAGUUGUUAACCGAGCUGAAGAGUCCAAGGAAGCUGUUUUUGAAGUGGAGUUGCCCAAGACAGCCUUCAUCACAAACUUUAGCAUGACCAUAGAUGGAAAAACAUAUCCUGGGAUAAUCAAAGAAAAGAAAUCCGCACAAGAUCAAUAUGAUGCUGCUGUUUCACGAGGGCAAAGUGCUGGAUUGGUCAAAUCAACUGGAAGAAAACUUGAAGAGUUUCAAGUUAAAGUCAAUGUUGCGGCAGCUGCCAAAGUUACCUUUGAGCUAAUCUAUGAGGAGUUGCUAAAACGGAAGCUGGGAAAGUAUGAACUGCUAAUUAAGGUCAAACCCAAACAGCUGGUUAAUCACUUUCAGAUUGAUGCCCAUAUCUUUGAACCACAGGGUAUAAGUUUCUUAGAGACUGAAAGCACUUUCAUGACCAAUGAACUGAAUGAUGCCCUCACAAAAGUGCAGAAUGAGACCAAGGCUCAUGUUUCAUUUAAACCAACUUUAACUCAACAAAGAAAAAGCCCCGAACUGGAGGAAACUCUGCUGGAUGGAGAUUUUCUCAUCCGCUAUGAUGUUAAAAGGAGUGCUACUGCAGGUGACAUUCAGAUUGUGAAUGGGUAUUUUGUGCAUUAUUUUGCUCCCGAUCAAAUGCCAACGCUUCCCAAAAACAUCAUCUUUGUUAUAGAUAAAAGUGGUUCUAUGAUUGGCAAGAAAAUCCAGCAGACAAUAGAAGCCCUGCAAAAGAUUUUAGAGGAUCUGAAUCCUGAGGAUCAUUUUAAUCUGGUUGUCUUUAGUGGGGAAAUUUCUGAGUGGCAGUCAUCUCUGUUGAAAGCCACAGAAGAGAACGUGGAACUGGCUAAACAAUACGUUCGGACUAUUAUGGCACAGGGAGGAACAGAUAUAAAUGGUGCACUUCUGACUGCAAUAAAUUCACUGGACAGAGCCACUUCUGCUGAAUUGUUGCCAGAGCAAAGUAUUUCAAUGAUUGUGUUGCUGACAGAUGGUCAACCUACUGUUGGUGAAACAAAUGUCAAUAGUAUUCAAACAAACAUAAAGAAGGCUAAUGAUGGGAAUUACUUUCUCUACUGCCUUGGCUUUGGUUUUGAUGUCAGCUAUACAUUCCUGGAGAAAUUGGCCUUGGAGAACCGAGGCAUUGCUCGUCGUAUAUAUGAGGACUCAGAUGCAGCCUUGCAGCUCCAAGACUUUUAUCAGGAAGUUGCUACUCCCAUCCUAAAGGAAAUUGUAAUGAAGUACCCAGACAAUGCAGUCCUGGAGAUCACACAGAACAAUUUCAAGGUGUUGUUUGAUGGCUCAGAAAUUGUUGUAGCUGGAAAACUUAGUAAUGAGGUUGAUGUUCUUCCUGUGGAAAUUAAAGCUCAGGCACUUUCCAGUUACCUGACUCUUAAGGAAGAUGCAAAUGUAACAGAAAAGGAGCAAGUAUUUCAGCAUCGGAAAUACAUAUUUGGAGACUUCAUAGAGAGACUGUGGGCCUACCUAACCAUUAAACAACUCUUAGAAAAAUUUGUUUCAGCAAAAGAACAAGAGCAGAAGACCCUGGAAACCAAAGCUCUGAACCUCUCUUUGAAGUUUAACUUUGUUACCCCUCUAACUUCCAUGGUGGUCACUAAACCUGAAGCUGAAGAAGUGGCAAACAAACCUACAGAGGCUGAUAAUGAGAAACUCGGAAGACACGGAAUUCUAGCGCAUCCAGGAAGCCGGGUCGUAUCAGGUUCCAGCGGAUCAUCAUAUCCUUUCAUAGGAAGAGAUAUGAUGGGUCAACUUGGUAUGCCUGGACUGAGCAGCAUGGAUACAUUUCACUUCAGAGGGAUACCAGUUGCUGCCUCUAUAGAAAGAGAUAAUCCACCUCUCCUAACCCUGCAUAGAGAAGUACUUCUACGCCGCCCUUCUCAUCCUGAAGGAGAGCAGCUUUACAGACAACACAACAGAGAUCAUCUACUGCCAUUGCCUACCUUUACAACCCAUUUCUCAUAUCCACAUUUCAUCUUGCAACUGCCUAGUGAAAAUGAUACAAUUUGCUUAACUAUCAAUGGACAACCAGGAAUACCCAUUAACGUGCUAUCUGAUCCUGGAAAAGGAAUCCAGGUGACUGGCAAACUUGGAAACAGAAGACAAUUUGAGCAGUUUGAAAUAGCCUAUCAAAAGCCUGAAGUGCAAAUCAGCAUCUCAAACAAUGAAAUUGUCAUUGUUGAAAAAGGGAAUGGAACUGUUCUUCCAUUGACAGUUACGCUUCCAUGGACAUUGACCACAUCUUUCCCGGCCCGGGGGGUGAACAUUAGAGUUGAAAAAGAAAAGAGUGUUUUGUUAUCAGGAAUGGAUGACAUGUCAAUGAAAAUAUCCUAUGUGAAGACUUCUGAACAUUUUCUUGGACUAUACAUCACUGAUGGCCACUUUUCUGAACAAGUCACCGGAGUUCUUGGUCAGUUUUAUUUUAAUACAUAUUUCGGAAAAACAUCAAAUGUCAGUUUGAGGAAAUCAAUAAAUGUGCAAGGACGAAGAUAUAGGGCCUCCAGACAAAAUAAGAAAGACUACAGAACUGAGUCAUCUGCUGAUGUUGUUUCCUGUUGGACCCUAGAUCUCCGUCCUUGAGUGUUUUCUCAGCAGCAAAAAUCAUGGAAUUUAAAAUACCACCUUGUGUAUUAAUUGUGCCAUUAGUUCAAUUUUCUUCAACCUUAUUUUUAAUUUUUUUAAAUAUUAAAUAUUUUUACAAAUGUCCCAUGAGAAUUUCAAAUGUUCACUUUAAUAUGCUCCUAAACCAGAUUCAUUAAUUUCAUAAGACUGAGGAACAAAAAAGACUACACAGAAUCCCAGCAUAUGGUGUGGUCAAUAAAGUGAUUUCUCAAAUCUA